CGAGACUGACAGCCCGUUACUGCUGCUGCUUCUCACCGGCAAUGAUACAGCAAACACGGACGCGGUGAGACACCGAAAUGGACUUAUCGAGCACUUUUUGCCAUUAUAAAGACGACUACUAUUUAGACAGCAUUGUCUAUCGACAGUAGACGGUGUGUACUUUUAGCAGGGAUCUUUUUUUGUUUCUUUCUUCCCUCGGUGGGGAAAGAAGACUCGUCGUCCGGGAGAGAAAUGGAUGCGCCGACUGAUUUCCUGCGACAUACACGGCCAGCUAAGAGGCUUCCACGCUCACUUUGAAAAGUGGCAUUCGGAGAUAAAAUUGUUUCUAUUUGGUCAUUUAUCACAGUGUUGCCCGGUAGUUAUUUGUAAUUAGAAGUAUAAAGGUACACAAAGUUCUAAAAGAGCGUAGCUAAUCGCUACUGCCGACCCAACAGCUUGCGGCUAGCUCAAAUUCGCAGUCAUAGUUUAUUUUAUUUGCUACAUUAAAUACAGUGUUUUAGAUUGUCCCGAUGCUGGAUUAAUAAUUGUGUUAAGAAGAGGAAAGCCACCGAUAAGCUAGCGUUUCAGUAUCAUCACAAACUGGGAACGUCUAGCGUGAAUUUUUUAAAGGACAUAAAUCAUAUGACUUGUCACUUAUGGCUCGUUAGUAUCGCGGUACUGCAGCUGACCCAGCUAGCUAGCAUCUGUGUUAGCUAGUAGGUAGGUAGCGACAAUAACCGUCUGCCAUUUCUUGGUUUCGAGAAAACUUCCUCACGGUAAAGAUGCACCACCAGGACUUCUCCGGAGACCCGCCCGGGAGCGGGAGUCGCAAAACGGCCUACCACUACAGGAGAGGCAGCAGUGGCGCGUCUUCGUCCUCUGCAGCCGGUGGCAGUGCGGUUGAGGACAAUCCAAGCCAGCCAGGAUCCUCUUCUCCAGCACUUCAUCACCAGUCCCAAGUGACCGGAGCUCAGGUGAAGAAGAAAAGUGGUUUCCAGAUAACAAGUGUCACCUCUGCUCAGAUCAACGUCAGCGGCAACAACAGUUUAGCUGAUGAUACUGAGAGCUAUGAUGAUAUGGAUGAAUCACACACUGAAGACCUCUCCUCCUCUGAUAUGCUGGAUGUCUCGGCAUCUAAAGCCACAGACACAGGUGUACCAGAGAGAAGCUCCUCUGAUGAGACGUUGAACAGUCUCCACGGGGUUGACACACCUGGACUCGUGUCACCCAAUGAGCCUCUUCAACCUCACACUGUCCCUCAGGGGGCUCAGCAGCACUCCUCUUUGGUAAAUGGGACUGUGCAUCAACAAUAUUGUCAUCAGCAACACAGCAAGCCCCCCCAUCAUCACUCUGAUAGUUUGGGAGGACAUGAACCAUUCUUACCCACUCUUCCCAUUGCACCAUUAGCCAGCUCCAGCCCAACUAUGGUUUCUAAAGCUGUGCCCAGCCAGUCCCAGAGACCACCUGUGUUGGAUAAUCCAAAAGCUGCAGGGGUGGUGGGUCAACAAGUAGCUCCUGUUAUUGGUGGGACAGCUAGUGAUGCACAUGUACAAGGCAGUGUGAACAUUUCAAGUGUGUCUGCUGUCCCUGCCGCUGCAGUCCCACCCUUGGGGCCUUCUGUUAUGGAAAACGCUAAUGUAAGUGGGCAAGUGGCUUCUGCUGGGGGAGGAACAGGCCCUCCUGCUUCUGCUCACAGCACUCACACCCAUACUCAAACAGCUACUGGGUCUCGUUUUAGGGUGGUCAAGCUGGACACGAACUCUGAGCCAAUUCGCAAGGGAAGAUGGACAUGUACAGAGUAUUAUGAAAAGGAGGUUCCUCAUCCAGCUCUGCCUGAGGCACUGAAAGCUGCAGAUGUGGCUGCAGAGACUGAGGCAGGUAAUGCCGGGGUUAGUCCAGGUGUACCUGCUUUACAGCCACCUCAUACACUGCAGCCCUAUCAGCCACCAAGCCAGGACUUCACCAGUCCACAAACCAUGCAGAGCCCACCACAGGCCCUGACACAGACUACUCCUCUGAGCUAUGUUGCACCACAAGAGGUUGUUGGAGUGACUCACUUGCAGAAACCAGUGGUUCCUGUUCCUAUUCCUACACCAACACCACAGGUGACCCUGCAGGCUGGUGCAAGUCAGCCUCUUCCAGUUAUACCCCAACAGCUUCCCUAUGCUGUAGACCCCCAAAAGGCUCAUCUCCAGGGUGGUUACCCCACACCUCAGCUCCAAGCAGGGGGAGCCAUAGCUCCAGAAAGUGUGAGACAGCCAGACUUUAUCCAGCCCACUGCUCCCUUCCAGACCCAAGUCCAGCCUCCGCUUCCCCAUGUUACAACAGGAGUCUCCAUCACAUCAGUACCGGUGGUCCCAGCACGGCAACCAAUUAGCAUUUCUCAACAGCUUCCACUUCAGGGUCAAGGAGCCCCUCCUGCAGCUUAUGCUACACCCCAGCCUCAGGCACUUCCAGUUCCACUUCAACCACAGCCACAAAUCCAACCUCCCCCUGCUGGCACAGUCCCCGCAGCGCCCACCCAUGGGACCCCCUAUAUGCCUCUGACCGCACUGCAAGCUGACCUUCAACCCCUCCUUACUUCGGGCGCCAGCCUCACCCAUGUCCCUGGAGGAGGGAGUUCCAUAAAAACCCAACUGGAGGAUGCCCAGAAGCUUCUGUUCCAACACCAGGGCCUGCUGGGUCUGCCCCGGCUUGGGGCAGCAGCAGGUGGUGAGAGGGCUUCGGAGAGCAGCAGUGCUGUUGGAUCUCUGGCCCACAUGGGGAUGUCAGCUGAGGCCAGUGCCUUCAUGGUAGCUGCUGCUGCUGCAGGCCUGAGGAGUCAGCAUGCUGAAGGAGAGGAGGACAGCUCUUCGGGUGCAAGUGUGGUGGCCAUUGAUAACAAGAUUGAACAAGCAAUGGACUUGGUGAAGAGCCACCUGAUGUACGCCGUGCGUGAGGAGGUGGAGGUGCUGAAGGAGCAGAUCAAAGAGCUGAUCGAGCGCAACACUCAGCUGGAGCAGGAGAACAACCUGCUCAAGACCUUGGCCAGUCCCGAGCAAAUGGCUCAGUUCCAGGCGCAGGUCCAGACCGGCGGAUCCCCGACCAGCACUGCCCAGCCUCCGGUCCUGUCCGGAAGCGGCCAAGCCCCUUCUUCCACACACAACUCCGGCAUGUCGGCGUAACACAGGAGCUACACACUGGAGAGCCCCCUGAGGAUGAAGGACAGGGGGGAUGGAAGACAGAAGAUGAGGAGGAGGAGGGAGUUUCGCCAUACUGUGAAUGGACUUCAGCAUCAUCAAGACCAACUAUGCCACCGUUUGGAGGAGCGCACACUUCAACUUAACCGGAAACAACUUUCUUUUGUUGCACAUUAAUUUAACUGAAAGACUUUAGAGUUGCACCGGUGUGUGUGUUUGUGUGUGUGUCCCCGCUUUGUCUGCAACUUCUAUUACCAGCUUCAGACAAUCGUCGUCGUGGUGAUGAGGGGCAGGACAGAGCUGACAGGAACGGGCAGUCGACACUUGCAUCGCUCCGGGAGGAGCUAGCUCUCGUCAGUGCAGUCAAAUCCCUCGACGUACGCCCCGUGGAAAAGUGUGCCAUUGCCUCGCCUAAUUCCCACCUCACCUCCUCCACCCGCACAGCGUUUUCUUCCUCCCCAUCCUCUUUGCACUUUCUCCAAUAUGACGUGGACAGACUUUUAAUAGACAAACAAAAAGAAUUGGCAGACCCAUCUGGAAUGGGAGGUUCGUGGCUCUGGAUCCUCACAGGAUCUGCAGACUACGACGGUCUUGGUGUGGGACAAUAUCUGCAUUAGCUGCGCCUCUUUGUUCACUUUGAGAUCUCUGUGUUCUUUCUGAAAUCCAUGUCCCCACCCUUGAUGCACUCCUCCCUUCCUUCUUGGAUGGAGCAUUAAACAUUCAUGCUAGGAAUCAGUGUUCUCCUUUUCUUUUGCUUUUUUUUUAUUUUAUAUUUUUUAGGGAGGGCUGGGAAAGGUGUGCUUUUGUCUGUUUCUGUUUUAUUCCUGUUAUAAAUGUCCAACUGGUCUGUUAAAUAACAGAAAUCAGAUUACAUAGGACAUGACUGACUGUAGGUAAUAAACUUUGUACAGAUGAAAGAUUUCCAAUUCAACUCUGCCAAGUGCCUGGUUUCUAACCAUAGAUACAUAUAUAGAGCUUGUUUUUUACAUUGUUCUGUUUAGUUUGUAUAUAUAUCUAUGGUUUUGCCAGGUUUUGAACUACCUGUGAUGUCGUAACUCAGGGUGGGAACAGAAGAGGAUCUUUUACCUCCACACUAAGAUGCUGUCUCUCCUGCAGUGACACACGGCUUUGUACUGUACGUGAACUCUUCAGACUCACUAACUCAAACUAUCUGGACUCUUUCACCACUUUGAGAAGUGUGUAGAUUUUUUUUUUAUGUAAAUGACAAUGUUUUUUUUUUUAUGUUUUUUUUGUUGUUUUUUUUUUUCUAUUUUGUACAGCCAAGUGUGGGAGUUGCUCAUAGUGCGACUGGAGCUCUCAACACAAUAAUGAGACACUUGGCAUAAGGAAAGGAAAAUGCCUAGCAUAAGUAUGUGGGAUGUUUUGUGCAUGUUCCUUCAAGCCCAUCACAAAUGUGACGUUACAAUUGCACUAGACAGUUGCACCUGAAAAUAAAAAAAAAAUAAAAAAACUGGA